UCAUGCAGCGCCGCGUUUUGCCCACCAAAGUUGUCAUUUUUUAGUGUCAUGCACAAUGGCUCAUCAACUUCGUCGUCCUUUGGACUCGAGUGGGAGACGCCAUGGGGAGAGCGUUGGGAGACGGUCUCAUUCGCAGCAACAACGGGACUUCAUUCGAGCGUUGAUCUGCAGUGCCGUGGUUUCCGAGAUCAUAUUGCUACGGUGGCUCGCCUCCUCAUGGCCGCCUCUGGAUCAUCCAAUUGGAGAUGAGCCUCCGUUUUCGAAAGUCCUCUCCAGAUCACAGGCUACCAGUACUACUAUUACCGCGUCGCCGACAGAACCACCAUAUGACGGACCCUUAUUUGGAGGGAUCCCAGUCACCCUGAAAUCGCGGCGUCCUCCAUUCUCGGCGGUUCAUUGCGUGGGAGACAACUUUGACUCCAGCAAUGCGUGGAUGCACCGGUCCUGUCACUUUACCAAUCUGUGUUACGACCAAAUAGACAAGGACGUUGUCUAUCUAGUGUCUCCCAGAGAAGCUUCUCUGUUGGAGGCUCUGCAACAAAAUGAAAACAAGAGAUUUAUGUCGCUAUCCACUGUAAACGAAGAUUCUGCCAUUUCUCUGGGAAUGCUGCCUUCUCCUGAUUCCUCGUUUCAGUGGACGCCCAAAGUCAAAACAAUCACGGAUGUCUCAGAAGCGACAAGUUACUAUGAGAUGCCAGAAAAUUUUGUAUUCGUACCUUUUGCUACCGGUACUCUGGACGACAAGUCGCUAAUUCAUCAUUGGGAACUUUACUUGGCAAUCUACACGGCAAUGUCAACCUUUGGCUUGGUUAAAAGUUCAUCUGACAGCAAGUUCCUGGACAGCACACCUUUCUUGAUGAUUGACAAAAAAUCCGACGCAUCUUCAAGCAGUCUGGAAUGCAAAUCAACCAACAAGAAUUGCUUUCACAUACACAAACCAACACUUCCAAUCUUCCUUGGAGCUGCUCAUAAUACGAAUAAUAAUGAUCCAACAUCCAAAACAAGUGGCAAAAAUCGCCUCUUAGAUCCACAAUCUACAAGAUAUGUUUGUGCCAGGAAUACUGUCGCAGGAAUGGGAAGGAUUGCAGAUCGUGGAUUAAAAAAGACUACAACGCACAAUAACGAUCUCUUGACACCAAAGUACGGUCUUCCCAGCAAUCUAGCAACUCACAAUAUGGCACAAGGCAAAGUCCUCAGGGACUUUCGAGAGUACAUUCUACACAAUCAUGGCUGGAAAGAACAUAUUAGUGAGUUCAAAGGCUUUGCUCUCACAGUCACAUUUUAUGAUGAAGCACGGGAAAUGUUGCCAACCUACGCGACACAAUUGGUACAAGUUGAAAGGAACCGAACCAGAAUUGAGUUUCCACAAGUUGGAUUUUUACAAGCACAGAAAAUUACGUCUGAUAACUUUUCCGACACAGUCAAGGCAAUAGCAGACUCGGUAAUGCUCGUGGUCCAGUGUUGCAGUGCAGAUGCUGCUCUGGCGGCCAGCUUUUUGCCACAGGGAGCAACAUUGAUUGUGUAUCUCGAUGAACCAACCAAUGGCAGCAAGGCUGCGUCAGACAGAAAACAAGAAAUAAUACGAGAGUCUCCACUCUGGGAUUUGAUUGACAAUGCGGGAUAUUUCAAAACGAAAUGGCUCGCGGUGGGGGCAGACACCAUGUCCAUAGCCAAAACCCUCCGAGCACUGAAAGAGGCCUCUGAAAAGCCUUCGGGUCAUGGCGUAAUAAUCCACUAGCUAGCUUCUCCGCCACUUUCGUAAUAUCUUCCGUGGCAUUUAGAGUAUUAGGUUGGUUCCAUCACGAAUUUACUGCGGUUUUUUCCUGGGUGCUCUCGUCUCAUCUCUUCCAGGAAGUAAUCUGUCUCUUUGCCAACCUCCUGGUCUCACUAGUAAUCGAUUGCAAGUGCAAAUCGUCCUGAGAGUUAGCCACAAUGGAUGCCCAGCAAGGCUGAUCAGGGUCCAGAAUCACAUUCCAGCUAGGGCAGGAGUUCCCAAGAUGAGAGUAAGAGACAAUGCGUGCCAUGUAGACAAUCUGUAUACUGGAACUAGUUUUGGGUUUGCUUUGUACCAUAAUUUACAGUUAGUUUAGUAUUGACACUCGUGUUAGCCUUCCGGUAUCGCAUGACGAGUUUGUUUGGGCCACGAACAUUAGCGAGUCUAGUCGCAAGGAAGCCUUCGGUCUGCGGCUGUCUGCAAUCCAUAACUAGCAGUCAGUCCAGUCUCAUGCGUGUGAUGUUAAUUGUUGCAGUCUUUCAGCAGUUUCUUCAUCAUCAUCUGUCGACCGACUCGUGGCCUGUAAGUAUCUUCUAAUCUGGUUGGCCGUAGACGGCUCAAACCACAACGUUAUCCCCUCCUUUCUUCUCUUCCUCACAGGUUGACAGUAUCAUCGGCCAGGUACGUUCGAUUGUAUCUCGGUUUGUACUUCUUCGUGCUCCCGAGCUCGGAUUGAAUCGCCUGUAGGUCGGCCUUGAGGAAUGUUGGUUGGGGAAGAUUCCGUGCUCGGCACUUGAAGCAGGUUUCUGACUUGCAGUUUGCAUAGUCGUGAGGGUCAUUUCCAGCGGACGACUCCAGGUCCAGUAUAGAGUCAUCGACGGUAUUUUCAUCGUCCACAACAGAAUAGUGAAGUCCACGCACAGCUUUUCGAGCUUUUUCCGAGUCCUGUACAGAAACAGAACUUGUGUAUUGUCCGCUGGCAUAAGAUCGUGCUUGGAAGGCAUCAUCUUCAUCGACAUCCUCCAUUUUGGGUGCAACUUUGGUGAUGCUGUAGUGGACAUAUCGUGACUGAUCGUCGGGAUGACCUUCUUGUAGAUUGCUGUCGUGCUUGGCUCCAUCUUCGUGUUUGGCUCCAUCUUCGUCCACCUCGACGAGAUCCAGAUCCACUCCAGAAGAAUCUUCACAUCGUUUGAAAUUUCCUUGACGCUGCCUUUUUCUUCGUAUCACAACCGCAGAAACCACCAGCAAUACCACUGCUGCCCCGCAAAUGGUGGCCGCCCCAAUGAUAUGCCCUGGAUUGGUGCCUUCAUUGCCGGGUGACGAUGAUGACCCGCCACCCUGAAUGGCCGAUGCGGUUGUUGUGGUUGUUGUAGACGAUGUAUCAUUUGGACCGCCACCACUGCCAGAACUAAUGGAUUCCCCACUACCAUUUUCAUUUGUGGCACCACCGCCGCCACUAUUGACAUUGAUAAUCACAGGAGGGCUUGCAAUACCAGCACCACCGGUAUCAAUGCCUCCUCCUCCUGCUGCUGCAUCACCACCAGCACCACCUAGUAGAAACCCCGAAUACUGUGUCCCCACAACAUUGCCCGAGACAAACUCGUU